AUGACAGGAAGGAGCCAUGACAACAUGAAUCCGUCAUACAGAAGGGCUGUUCGGAGCGGCUCAGCAUCAGCCACAGCUUACAGCUCAGGCCAGCCAGAGCUGAGGCCCCCCAAUGGCCUCUCAGUUUCCACCACUUCCUAUAGAAACCAGUGCAACAGCAGCGCCAAGCGUGUCUCAACAGACCAACCUUCGACGGCCAUGCAACUGUCAACCUCUUCCCUCAAACAGGCACCUAGCUACGGGUAUAACCAGGCAGAGAGGGCGAGGCCCCACUGCUACAGUCCUCUGCUGAGGCUCCAGGACCUCUCCACUAUGGUACACAGACCUGGGUGUGAUCUGGGACCCGGGCCCCAGCCCAAGGACCUUCAUGCCAGGAACCAUUUGCACUCUCACAGCCCAGUGGUAGGCUCUAGUUUUGAGGCUCCCCAGGUCCGACUGCCCCCCUCUCCCGGUAACGAGGAGACAGAACCGUACGAGGAUUCCAUCCGGGAUCAGAACGGUUUCUCUCCUGUUAGUUCUGAUAGUUUGGAGCGCUGCUCCCCCAUCCCCAAUGGAUACCUGCAUUUCGAGUCCACCUUGUUUGACAGUGGGGACAGGGAGGAUGAGGAGGAGGAGGAGGAUGAGUUGGUUCCUUUUCAACAACACUCUUCUAAGUCCACCAGAGACAGAACUGUCACAGACUCUAACAGCACCUCUGGUUCAGGGCUAGGCCAUAACAGCACAUACAAACCCUCUGUUCUCAACCUGAUGUCCAAGAGUCUAUCUGAGCUGGACCCUACUCUGAGCCCCAGUGCCCUGCCUGUCAUGUCUAUGGGGGAUGGCUGGAGUAUGGACCAGGACUCCGACAGUGACAGUGAGAUGACAGGAGAUACACUUGACCAUGGUCUCAUCUCACCUGUUGGAACCAACUCUAAUGUGAGUUAUCUCUCUUACUGAUGAUGAUUACGAUAACAACCCUUGGGGCAGAUGCAUCCUGGGUAGCUCUCAAAGAUAUCUGAUCGUAUCUGACGUUAUGUCCAGUUCUGUAAAUACUGUGUAAUCUCCUGGAACAGUAUUUGUCAAGCAGCGAUUCUUAAUUGAUUGUUUAGAUUUUGCAUACACUAUAUGCCGAUCGACCAUAUAGGCUAGUUUUAUAUUCAGCAAAAUAAUAUUGAUUUGAUAAGAGUAUUUGUUUUAAUAUUUGAAUUUGAGAUGCUAAAAAUAAAUGUUAAACAACGUAUAUAAAAAGAUACAAGAAAUCCCUUUUACCAUCAGAGUUUUGAACUGUCCAAGUGAUGAUCCUAUACGUGUAAUAAGGUCUUUGUUUUGUUUCUGUUCAGCCCAACAGCCCAAAGAAGAAGCCCCUCCCAGCAGUGCAGUACGUGGAGGGAGAUCUGGUCUGGGCCAAGUUCAACCGCCGCCCCUGGUGGCCCUGUAGCGUCACCAUAGAUCCACUGGAGGGGACACACACACACAUGAAAGGUGGGCAGUAGUAUUAUUGGUGUUGGGUCUAAACUGAUCACGAGGUGGUCACAGGUUGGGUGUAUUAUUAUGAUGUCAGGGCAUAAAGCGGUGAUGAAAAGGAGGAAGGAAGGGAAGCUCCCAUCUGGGUUCUGUGGGGGGUAUGACACUUAGAAAGAAGAAUGAACCAUCUGGAUCUAAAAUGUGUUGUCCACAAUCACUCCAGAGUUGUCAUAGGUUGUGGUAUAUUUAAGCAAUUAUGCACGAGGGGGUGUGGUAUAUGGCCAAUAUACCAUGGCUAAGGGCUGUUCUUAGGCACGACGCAACGCGGAGUGCCUGGAUCCAGCCCUUAGCCGUGGUAAAUUGGCCAUAUACCACAAACACCCGAGGUGCCUUUUUGCUAUUAUAAACUGGUUACCAAUGUAAUUAGAGCAGUAAAAAUACAUGUUUUGUCAUACCAUGGCUGUCAGCCAAUCAGCAUUCAGGGCUCGAACCACCCAGUUUAUAAAAGGGCGUGGUCUAAGGCACUGCAUCGCAGUGCUAGCUGUGCCACUAGAGAUCCUUGUUCGAAUCCAGGCUCUGUCGUAGCCGGCUGCGACCGGAAGACCCAUGGGGCGGUGCACAAUUGGCCCAGCGUCGUCCAGGGUAGGGGAGGGAAUGGCCGGCAGGGAUGUAGCUCAGUUGAUAGAGCAUGGCGUUUGCAACGCCAGGGUUGUGGGUUCGAUUCCCACGGGGGGCCAGUAUGAAAAAUUAAAAAAUAAUGUAUGCACUCACUAACUGUAAGUCGCUCUGGAUAAGAGCGUAUGCUAAAUGACUAAACAUUUAAAAUGUAAAUGUGGUAUGGGGGCAUCCUCAGACAGUUGUCUAUAAACGACUUCAACUCAAUGUAUCAGCUCUCGGCCUGACAGCCUAAUUCGUCUUUGUGUAAUGACGAGCAUUUAGAAGCUUUUGACCCCUGGUUCUCUUAUAACAUUUUGUAUCAAUGUUGAAACUAGUUGUCUUUUGUGUUUUCUGUUGUUCCAGUCCCCAGUCGUCGUCCUUGUCGUAUGUAUUACGUGGAGACUGUGGGGGAGAUAGCUGACCACGCCUGGGUACCUGGGAAAGUUACCUACCCCUUCACAGGAGGAGAGCAGUUUACAGACCUGCCUGUGCUGAGACGGAGAGGGAAACAGAGGGAAAAAGACUACAAAUACACAGUAACUGACCACAGACAACUGUCAACUCCUGUUGCUUUUAAUACACAGUAACUGACCACAGACAACUGUCAACUCCUGUUGCUUUUAAUACACAGUAACUGACCACAGACAACUGUCAACUCCUGUUGCUUUUAAUACACAGUAACGGACCACAGACAACUGUCAACUCCUGUUGCUUUUAAUACACAGUAACUGACUACAGACAACUGUCAACUCCUGUUGCUUUUAAUACACAGUAACUGACUACAGACAGACAACUGUCAACUCCUGUUGCUUUUAAUACACAGUAACUGACCACAGACAACUGUCAACUCCUGUUGCUUUUAAUACACAGUAACUGACCACAGACAACUGUCAACUCCUGUUGCUUUUAAUACACAGUAACUGACCACAGACAACUGUCAACUCCUGUUGCUUUUAAUACACAGUAACUGACCACAGACAACUGUCAACUCCUGUUGCUUUUAAUACACAGUAACUGACCACAGACAACUGUCAACUCCUGUUGCUUUUAAUACACAGGAACUGACCACAGACAACUGUCAACUCCUGUUGCUUUUAAUACACAGUAACUGACCACAGACAACUGUCAACUCCUGUUGCUUUUAAUACACAGUAACUGACCACAGACAACUGUCAACUCCUGUUGCUUUUAAUACACAGUAACGGACCACAGACAACUGUCAACUCCUGUUGCUUUUAAUACACAGUAACUGACUACAGACAACUGUCAACUCCUGUUGCUUUUAAUACACAGUAACUGACUACAGACAGACAACUGUCAACUCCUGUUGCUUUUAAUACACAGUAACUGACCACAGACAACUGUCAACUCCUGUUGCUUUUAAUACACAGUAACUGACCACAGACAACUGUCAACUCCUGUUGCUUUUAAUACACAGUAACUGACCACAGACAACUGUCAACUCCUGUUGCUUUUAAUACACAGUAACUGACCACAGACAACUGUCAACUCCUGUUGCUUUUAAUACACAGUAACUGACCACAGACAACUGUCAACUCCUGUUGCUUUUAAUACACAGGAACUGACCACAGACAACUGUCAACUCCUGUUGCUUUUAAUACACAGUAACUGACCACAGACAACUGUCAACUCCUGUUGCUUUUAAUACACAGUAACUGACCACAGACAACUGUCAACUCCUGUUGCUUUUAAUACACAGGAACUGACCACAGACAACUGUCAACUCCUGUUGCUUUUAAUACACAGUAACUGACCACAGACAACUGUCAACUCCUGUUGCUUUUAAUAUACAGUAACUGACUACAGACAACUGUCAACUCCUGUUGCUUUUAAUACACAGUAACUGACUACAGACAACUGUCAACUCCUGUUGCUUUUAAUACACAGUAACUGACCACAGACAACUGUCAACUCCUGUUGCUUUUAAUACACAGUAACUGACUACAGACAACUGUCAACUCCUGUUGCUUUUAAUUUAGCUCACAUUGUGUGUUGCUGUUAGUAGUGAUAUGUUUCAAGUCCCAAAUUGCUUUUGUCGUUGCAAAGGUGCAGAAUAGUUUCAUUGCAUGUCUCACAAAACAUAUCUGGAAGAUUAUACUCAAAUACUGUCUAUUCCACAAAGACAACAACUCCAUAUCGUUUAGAAAUAAGGCCGUCUUUGUCCUGAUGGCUGUCGUCUCUCCCCUGUAGAUACCCAAGCGUCUGUUGGAGUCGUGGAAAGUCAGUGUGCUGGAAGCUGAGUUUCUCCUACCUGACCUGCUGAAGAAUACUGCUGUCUCUUCUUCCAUGGCCUCUAACGGUGAAGAGCGUGUGUCCACCCCACUGCCUGAUGAAAAACCAUCCGAGGCCCUCUCUUGUUCCUCCUCUAACCUCACUGCACCCCCGUCCUUCAGCCCUCACCCCAGUAGAAACAAACAUCUGACCGUAGUGAACGACAGUAGCAGCAAAAAGAAGAGGAAGAGGAAGGGUUUGGCGGAGAUCUUUGGUCAUAUAGCUGGAAGUCCCACAGAGUCACUAAGCAUUCUAGACCUGGCCAACCAAAUGCCUGCUGCCUCAGCUGAUCCACUGAAAGAAGGAGAUCCCAAGGACUCUCCAUACGCAGACCUGGAUUCUGUACCGACCAUUGUACGUCCCAAACGGUCUGAGAAACCUGCUGAAGAAGACACCGAGAAACCGUCUGAACCCUCAAAAGAGGAGGCAGAGAAAGUGGGCAAGAAGGAGCGGGCGACUCCUCCUGAAAAGGAGCGGGCUACUCCUUCUGAAAAGGAGCGGGCUACGCCUUCUGAAAAGGAGCGGGCUACGCCUUCUAAAAAGGAGCGGGCUACGCCUUCUGAAAAGGAGCGGGCUACGCCUUCUGAAAAGGAGCGGGCUACGCCUUCUGAAAAGGAGCGGGCUACGCCUUCUGAAAAGGAGCGGGCUACGCCUUCUGAAAAGGAGCGGGCUACGCCUUCUGAAAAGGAGCGGGCUACGCCUUCUGAAAAGGAGCGGGCUACGCCUUCUGAAAAGGAGCGGGCUACGCCUUCUGAAAAGGAGCGGGCUACACCUUCUGAAAAGGAGCGGGCUACUCCUCCUGAAAAGGACGGGCGUGUGGUCGUGGUGGUCCCUAGGCAUGUAGUUCCCAUCUCCCCAUCCCCAAUCAUUUUAGCAAACAAAUCCCUUUUAAAUUACAGAACUACAAAAACCACAAAUGUUUUACAGUCAAAACAGAAGUUGGGCAGCUCUUCUGAACUGACAAAUAAAAAUGCUCUUGAGAAGCUCAGCUCUCUGCAGCUCCCUGCCAGCAGGCGUCUAAUGACCAGGGCCCUGAAAGCAGAGGAACAGACAGAACUCAAAGAGGCCCUGCUGGCCUCAAGCCAAAACUUGACAAACGAUAGGCUUAAUGCGCAUUCUUCUGAUGAUGAUGAUGAUGAUGAUGAUGUGAGCGAUAAUGUUCAGAUCAGAACAGAGUCGUCUACUAGCAGGGAUUCUUCACCAGACAAAACCAGAUCCUCUGUUAGUCACCGCUCUCGUAAAAAACACCCCAAGUCUGAUUGGAAGCACCUCCACAACGGCUCGUGGAAACAUUCUGAAGAUGUGACUCCAGGGUCCAGUAAGCCUGUCAUACCCCCUAUUAAGGUCAAGGAAGAGAACAUUGUCUCAGACAUAUCCUCCUGUACUUCCCCCACCUCCUCUCUCUCUCCCAUGGACGCUUUCCAGGAUAUCAAGGAGCUGUCGUUCAAAUCCUUAGUGAAGGAGGAGAGCGACUCUGGGGACUCUAACGCUAACUUUAAACCUGAGCCUAGUUACAAGUUCAGUACUUUUCUGAUGCUCCUGAAGGAUAUGCAUGAUACCAGGGAGAAAGAGGGCCAUCCCCUGACCAUGCCUCCCUCGCCAGCCCUCAUCCAGGAGGAGCCCAUGGUCAUACCCACUGCCAGAGCACCAGACGACCCCCUGAACACUGCUGCUGGUGGGGAGUGGACACCAGCGGGGACCAAAAUCCAAAACGGCCAGCAUGCGAGUUCGCUAACACCCAAGAGCACACAGGGCAAACCCAAGUCCAGAACUAAACCCAUCAUGAAAAACGACACGUACAAACUGGAAGGGAAAACGGUCCUGGCUCAGAUGGUGGCGAACGCGGUGGAGAAGCAGCAGCAGCGGAGGAAGCAGAGGCCUCCAGCCAAGCUCCGGGCCACCAUCGCUGGUCUCUCUCCCGAGAUGGCCGACCUAGCCUGGGGGAGGGAGUUUGUCUCUGGGCACGCUGACCUGGCUGAGCCUGGUCCUCUUCCUCCUGUCGCCUCCGCUGUUGACUCCUCAUCCUACCUCGACAAGAGCCCGGGUACCAAAGUGGCCCCUAAGAAGCGCUGGCAGACGUUUGCGCAGCAAGAGCCAGGGAAGGAUGCAGGGGCCCUGGGUGGGGUGGCCUCACCGCAGGGGCCUGCAGAGGUGAAUGGGGUCUACAGAGACGGCCAGGGAGGGACACCAGACCCCAUCAGGUCCCCUGAUCUGAACCUGGGGAUGGAGAAGCAAGAUGACACAUCAGGUAAAUGGGUUUCAGUACCAGCAGUGUUUUAUGUCAACAGUUAGCUUUUUAUUUUAGUUUUAGAGAUUGAUUUGAUUGAUGGAUUAUUUGUUCCCACAGCACAUUAUGAAAACAAACGGCUGAGGAAACCCAGCAAAAGACUCCUGGAAUCCACAGAGGAGGAACAAUUCUUCUCCCCGAAGAAAAAACUAAGGAAAUCUCUGGAAUCUUCCAAAACCCCUCUGAGCCCUUCUACAGCUCCAGGCCCAGCCCUGCUAACAUCCACCUCUACCCCCAGCCCCAACCCUGGCCCUACCUCUGGGGAGCCAGCCAGCCCCACCACUGGCCCUACCUCUGGGGAGCCAGCCAGCCCCACCACUGGCGCUACCUCUGGAGAGCCAGCCAUCACCACCCCUGGCCCUACCUCUGGGGAGCCAGCCAGCCCCACCACUGGCCCUACCUCUGGAGAGCCAGCCAUCACCAAGGCCCUGGCAGGGCUGAAACAGAGUCUGUCUCAAGAUGUCCUCCACCGUGUUAUAAAAUCAUUAUCCAAACAACCCCCAGCAGUGACCUCUUUCUCUACUGAAUCAUCAUCAGAUGGGGCAAACCCUCCUCUGCCCUCUGGUAAGGAGACAGUCAACAUUUUUUUUAUCCAAUACCAUCUCUCAUACUGCAAUGCUGUCUUAUGUAGUAAUACAAGAGGCAGAUAUAUUCUAUUGGGAAAGUAGUUCCAUUGGGAAAGUAGUUCCAUUGGGAAAGUACUGUAGUUCUAUUGGGAAAGUAGUUGUAUUGGGAAAGUACUGUAGUUCUAUUGGGAAAGUAGAUCCGUUGGGGAAGCAGUUCCGUUGGGGAAGCAGUUCCGUUGGGGAAGCAGUUCCGUUGGGGAAGCAGUUCCGUUUGGGAAGCAGUUCCGUUGGGGAAGCAGUUCCGUUGGGGAAGCAGUUCCGUUGGGAAAGUAGUUCCAUUGGGAAAGUACUGUAGUUCCAUUGGGAAAGUAGUUCCAUUGGGGAAGCAGUUCCAUUGGGGAAGCAGUUCCGUUGGGGAAGCAGUUCCGUUGGGGAAGCAGUUCCGUUGGGGAAGCAGUUCCGUUGGGGAAGCAGUUCCGUUGGGGAAGCAGUUCCGUUGGGGAAGCAGUUCCGUUGGGAAAGUAGUUCCAUUGGGAAAGUACUGUAGCUCUAUUGGGGAAGUAGUUCCAUUGGGAAAGUAGUUAUGAUUAUGAAAACAAAUCCUUCUCAUAUUUUCAGAUACAGUAGAUUUUAGGUAUUUAAAUGUGACUGGUCAUUCCCCAGCCCCAGUAUCCCUGGAGAGGAAGAGGCCAAGGAAGCCGUCUCACAAGGUCCUGGAAUGCACCAUAGAAGAAGUGUCACUCAGUCCUCCAAAGAAGAAGGAGUUGAAGAAGCAGAGUGCACAGACAGAGGAGAGGACUGAAGUCAGGGACACUCAGGUAAGGCUGAAUGAACUAACCAACAGCCAUAUUAACACAACUAUACUGCCACAGUACCACUCUGAAACGGGUCUAAUUAUGUCAUUUCUAUGACAGGUUAAGUCUGUGAAGAAAGAAGUGCCUGUAUCCAGCUUGACAACUCCAGAGAGCAUGGUUUCUCUGCAGGCCUCCUCCCCUGCCCGGACCCCUAGCCCUACAGUGCUCCUCACCCCCAAGGCAGAGACAGAGAACAUCAGUCCUGGGGUGGGAGGAGAGAGCCACACCAACGGAGAGAGAACACCCAAACCCGAGGUCAGCAUAAACACCACGUUGUCUUUUUCAACCUGUGUGAAAAGAUGACUCAUUUCAUGCUAUUGAUGUCAGCAUUCACCUGAGGUAUAAUUGUACCAGUGCUGUAAAACAGGGUGCUACGCCCCCCACACCUUAACCAAUAUGUUGUGUAAUAACACCUCUCCUCUCCUCCAGGUGUUCUCUCCUGGUCUGAAUGACAGUUUCUCCCUACCUGGUGACGGGUCCCUGCUCUCCGGCACUAAGAAGAACACAGGAGAGAAAGGAGGAGCUGCAUCCAUGAAGGAGAAUGUCUGUCAGGUAGGUCAACCAACAACAUGCCACAACCUUAGUAUUUUGUAGUGGCAGAAACAGUCAAAAUAGCGUAGUAUCGUAACGCAAGACUAAAACGUGUGUGUGUGUGUGUGUGUGUGUGUGUGUGUGUGUGUGUGUGUGUGUGUGUGUGUGUGUGUGUGUGUGUGUGUGUGUGUGUGUGUGUGUGUGUGUGUGUGUGUGUGUGUGUGUGUGUUGCAGGUGUGUGAGAGGACAGGCGAGCUGCUGCUGUGUGAGGGCCAGUGCUGUGGGGCGUUCCAUCUGCAGUGUAUCGGCCUAUCAGAAGCCCCCAGAGGGAAGUUCAUCUGUUGUGAAUGCACUAAAGGUGAGUCUCUACCUGUGCACCUAUCUGUCAAUUUACAUUUGAGUCAUUUAGCAGACGCUCUUAUCCAAAAUGACUUACAGGAGCAAUUAGGGUUAAGUGCCUUGCUCAAGGGCACAUCGGCGGAUUAUUCACCUAGUCAGCUCGGGGAUUCGAAACCAGCAACCUUUCGGUUGCUAGGCUACCUGGCACCAUUCUAAUCUUACAGGAGCCAUUUACACCUGCUGCAGCCUCACCUAUAUACAUAUUCACCUUGACUUAACACUGUGUUACUGAGGUCUUAAACCUGUACAGUGAUACUGUCAUGCUCAUAGACCUUAUCUCUGCAUCUGACAGAGGUACUUUGUAUCUAUACCCACAAUGUAUGUAAGCUGCUUUGGUGUAUCACAGAGCUAAGACUGUAUCCUUUCCGUUGCAGGGGUCCACACGUGCUUUGUGUGUAAGAAGUCUGGUGACGGUGUGAAGAGGUGCAUGGUGCCUGUAUGUGGGAAGUUCUACCACAACGAGUGUAUCCUGAAACACACACCCACCCAGCACCAGAAUAAAGGGGUUCGCUGCUCCCUCCACGUCUGUCUGUCCUGCCACAUCACCAACCCCCUCAACGCCUGCAGUUCCAAAAGUAGGUUCCACUUCCACUCUGCUUUGAUAGAACCAGGGGUAAAGUAGAAUUAAUUUCUUCCUAUAUGUGCAGCAACAUUUGUGCACUAUUAAUACAAUAGGGUCUCUGUGGGCCUAGUCAUUUAACUUUUAAAAUGUAUUACCUUUUUAUUGUGGCAUAAACACAACCAGUCAUUAUGUUUUCAUCUGAUUGUCAAACAAUCACUUAAUAAUAUAAUAAUAAUAAUAUGCCAUUUAGCAGACGCUUUUAUCCAAAGCGACUUACAGUCGUGUGUGCAUACAUUUUUGUGUAUGGGUGGUCCCGGGGAUCGAACCCACUACCUUGGCGUUACAAGCGCCGUGCUCUACCAGCUGAGCUACAGAGGACCACUUCAAAGGGGUCCUUUAAUAGGCUGCCUGUUCAUCCACUCAGAACAUAGUGUCUCCAGCCUCCAAACAUGAAUGUUACACAAAACACCAAAAAGUCUAAUGACAUUUGGUGAUUGUCAUUAGGCCGUAUUCACUAUUUAUUUUGCCCGGACGCCGUACCGUACCGGACCGUACCUCCUUACUUUCACCCCUGGCAGAAUAGAAAUAGACCUAGGCUAUAGGUCCAGGUUGGAAUUGGAAGUGACAUGAUUAGAGUAGAUUUGAAUCCUAUGGGAUUUUUAUGGGAUGGAACACCGAUUGCUACAGUAGAAUUGAAACGUAUCAAGUAGGCUGAACACCUGUAAUGUGAUUGGAGGACUAAGAUUAGCUACAAACAUUACUGCAGAUCAGUUUGUCUGGGAUGGGAUCCUAGUUUCUAACAUGGCUGUGGAGAUGUUUUGGUGUGUGUGUGUGUGUGUGUGUGUGUGUGUGUGUGUGUGUGUUGUUUUUGACCUGUGUUCCCUCCUCUAGGUCGUCUGACCCGCUGCGUGCGCUGCCCCGUGGCGUACCACGCUAACGACUACUGACCUGUGUUCCCUCCUCUAGGUCGUCUGACCCGCUGCGUGCGCUGCCCCGUGGCGUACCACGCUAACGACUACUGACCUGUGUUCCCUCCUCUAGGUCGUCUGACCCGCUGCGUGCGCUGCCCUGUGGCGUACCACGCUAACGACUACUGACCUGUGUUCCUCCUCUAGGUCGUCUGACCCACUGCGUGCGCUGCCCCGUGGCGUACCACGCUAACGACUACUGACCUGUGUUCCUCCUCUAGGUCGUCUGACCCGCUGCGUGCGCUGCCCCGUGGCGUACCACGCUAACGACUACUGACCUGUGUUCCCUCCUCUAGGUCGUCUGACCCGCUGCGUGCGCUGCCCCGUGGCGUACCACGCUAACGACUACUGACCUGUGUUCCCUCCUCUAGGUCGUCUGACCCGCUGCGUGCGCUGCCCUGUGGCGUACCACGCUAACGACUACUGCAUGGCGGCGGGCAGCGUAGUCCUGGCCAACAACAGCUUCCUGUGUCCCAACCACUUCAUCCCCCGCAAGAACUACAAGAACCACGAACACAUCAACGUCAGCUGGUGCUUCGUCUGCUCAGAAGGUUGGUGACUGGUUGGGUUGCUGUUGGUUAUUGAUUGUUUGGUUGGUUGAGUGUUGUCAGUGUUGCAGAGGCUAUAAUGCAAGGUGGAAGGAACCCUUAUACAAAUGUGGUGGCGUUGUUGUUAGAGGUAGAGUAAUUUUUUGAGUUGGAGUGUGGUGGAAAUCAUAUGUGGAUGACCUACGCUCCUCACAGAGUAAAAAGGUUAAAGUGAAAUGAAGCAUUCAGCCUCCCAUCCUGAGGUCAUUGGGUCAGAUCUGGUUUACUUGGUGUCUGUGCUGCACCUCCUCCUGUCUCCCUGCAGGGGGCAGUCUGCUAUUUGUCUUCUGUGGUUUAAUGCGUCUCAUGUCUGAUCUACACUUCCUCCUGUCUCCCUGCAGGGGGCAGUCUGCUGUGCUGCGAGUCCUGUCCUGCUGCCUUCCACCAAGAGUGUCUGAACAUCGAGAUGCCCGAGGGGAGCUGGUUCUGCAACGACUGCAAGGCCGGGAAGAAACCACAUUUCAAGGACAUCCUCUGGGUUAAAGUGGGAAGAUACAAGUAAGAAACACUGGUCUCUAGAAAUAAUAUCCAUGCUUUUGGUCAGAACCAACUGAGUGACACUUUUCGCCCGUGUCAACAGAUUAAAAAAAAUAGCUCAAAGGCAGUAGCUGAAACCUGGUUAUAUUGUUAUUGAUCAGACUCUCCAUCAGUGUGUAUAAUCUGCAUCUACACUGAGUAUACCAAACAUUAGGAACACCUUCCUAAUAUUGAGUUGCCGCCACACCGGCAGUCACUCUACAUCACCAUUGAGUCACUGUAAUCUCCUUUUAUGCACUCUGGACAUGUGUUGGUAGUACUCAACUUGCUAACUACCAUCAGGUCCUAAUGGCCUGGUACUCAGGGCUCUAGUGUCCCUCUGACCACUCUGACGUCAAUGCAAAUAAAAUCAAUAAUCACAUCAAACACUUAUCAUCAAAACAGUAUCUUGCUUUUAAAACUCACGUCACUGUGAUUGAUCAAUUUGAAGUUCAACAACAGGUUGAAACUGAGUGGAAAACGUGGUCAUUGUUGUUUAGAAGCCAAACACAGCUAAUGGACAGCACUUUCUAAGGUAAUGAUUCAUUCAAAACAACCAUAUGCAUAGUUGUGUUUAUGCAUAGGCCUAUGAGUCCAAGAUGAAAAAAACCUGAAUUAAAAUAAAGAUUGUGCCGUUAUACAAUACAUAGCCUACCGCAUAUUAUGCAUGGCAGAAAAACAUUUAAAAAAAAACUCAUUUAAGAUGUCUUUGGUACAUAAUUGGUCUAGCCUAUAUUCCAAAAUUAAACACAUUCUAGUAAUGCCUUUGAGUGUGGACUGUAUUAUCCAUACCUGAUGGACUGGUUACCUUAUGCUACAUUUCAAACGUUCUAUUCAUUUAAAAAUGUUUUUAUUAACCUUUAUUUAACUAGGCAAGUCAGUUAAGAACAAAUUCUUAUUUACAAUGACGGCCUACACCGGCCAAACGCGGACGACGCUGGGCCAAUUGUGCGCCGCCCUAUGGGACUCCCAAUCACGGCCGGAUUGUGAUACAGCCUGGAAUCGAACCAGGGUCUGUAGUGACGCCUCUAGCACUGAGAUGCAGUGCCUUAGAUUACAUAUAGUAGGCCAACUCCUAUUCUGUUCUUCUGAAAUAAAAGGUAUUCAAUUCAUAAUGUUUCUUUAGACCUGCAUACAUUAAAUAUUGGAUUUAUUGUUAUGGUGUAUAUUAAAUAGAUUUAUUCUACUUUUUUAAAUGUAGAUGUUCCAAAGGUCUGCAUCAGUGGCUUGGAGGCUUGGAGAUGCUAAACGUGUUUAUUUUAGUUAACGGUCAAUUACUGUGUGUUAUGAUGAGUUUCUCCGGUAUCAAGUAAUUCAGGAUGCAAGAAGAUAUUUAACACUUAGAUGGAGAGUUGAUACAUGUAUUUUAAUGUACGGUACCGGAUUCAGCAUAACCAACAGCAUGUGGAGUUGCCCCUUGUUAUCUGAAUGAUAGGCAUACAAAAUCUCUGUUUAUAUACUGUUUUCCAAGCUAGUUCUAUCCAACAGUUGCCAACCAUUAUUGGGUGUCACUCCCAACCACAAUAUUAUCACCCUAGAUGGCAUCAUCUUGUACCCUAGUCAGGACAUUACAUCACAUACUCAUUCUAAAAGUGACAUCAGUGGCCCCCCAGCCUUCCUUGGCACGCAGACCUUCUGACACCCACCAGUGACUGGAAUAAAUGGAAUGUCCUCAUCCUCAAAAUCCUAUGUAACCCGCAAUAGCAAACACAUUAACAAAUCCUGUAUAAAAACACGUCAUAUCACCGUGAAACCGGCAGUGUUUUGCAUGACAAUAACCAGCUGGCAAAAUGUCAUGACUGCCACAGCCCCCCCCCCCGGUGCACCUGGCACCUCUUAUCAUUCCCCGUUCAAAGGCACUUAAAUAUUUUUGGUCUGGCCCAUUCACCCUCAAUGGCAUGUCUCAAUUGUCUCAAGCCUUCAAAAUCCUUCUUUUAACCUGUCUCCUCCCCUUUAUCUACACUGAUUUAAAUUUAACAAGUGACAUCAAUAAGGGAUCAUAGCUUUCACCUGGAUUCACCUGGUCAGUGUAUGUCAUGGAAGGAGCAGGUGUUCUUAAUGUUUUGUAUACUCAAUGUAUAAUGUAAAAUCUGUAUCUCCUCUCCUUUGUUCAGGUGGUGGCCUGCGGAGGUGUGUCUUCCUAAGAACGUCCCAGAGAACAUCCUCCGUAUGAAACACGAGGUGGGGGAGUUUCCCGUUCAGUUCUUUGGUUCUAAGGACUACGCCUGGACCUACCAAGCCAGAGUCUUCCCUUACAUGGAGGGAGAUGCCAGUAACAAGGACAAGAUGGGGAAGGGUAGGGACGCCAUCUACAAGAAAGGUUAGAAAGAAACCUCCUUUACUUGGUGAUAAUGGAAUAUAUAACAAACAAUAUACUUUAUUUUAGAAAAAAAAUACCAAAGAGCCUUUCCUAUUAGUGCAUUAAAAGGCAUUUUUUUUAUAUUUUGGCACCUUCUAAAUGUUUUCUUCAAGUCUUAAACGAUAGAGAUGUUUCCAGGUACCGCAGGGCAGAAAGCUUGCCAUUUGAGAUAUAUUAGCUAGCUGAUAAUGCUAACUUCCGUUUCCUCUCAGCUCUGAAUGAAGCAGCUGAGCGGUUCAUAGCGCUUCAGGCUGAGAAGGAGAUGAGACAGCUUCAGGAGGACAGGAGGAACGACAAGAAACCGCCUCCCUACAGACACAUCAAGGUACUGUCCCUUUAAACCUCCUCCCUACAGACACAUCAAGGUACUGCCCCUUUAAACCUCCAUACAGACACAUCAAGGUACUGUCCCUUUAAACCUCCUCCCUACAGACACAUCAAGGUACUGCCCCUUUAAACCUCCAUACAGACACAUCAAGGUACUGUCCCUUUAAACCUCCUCCCUACAGACACAUCAAGGUACUGUCCCUUUAAACCUCCUCCCUACAGACACAUCAAGGUACUGCCCCUUUAAACCUCCUCCCUACAGACACAUCAAAGUACUGUCCCUUUAAACCUCCAUACAGACACAUCAAGGUACUGUCCCUUUAAACCUCCAUACAGACACAUCAAGGUACUGCCCCUUUAAACCUCCUCCCUACAGACACAUCAAGGUACUGUCCCUUUAAACCUCCUCCCUACAGACACAUCAAGGUACUGCCCCUUUAAACCUCCUCCCUACAGACACAUCAAGGUACUGCCCAUUUAAACCUCCUCCCUACAGACACAUCAAGGUACUGCCCCUUUAAACCUCCUCCCUACAGACACAUCAAGGUACUGUCCCUUUAAACCUCCAUACAGACACAUCAAGGUACUGCCCCUUUAAACCUCCAUACAGACACAUCAAGGUACUGUCCCUUUAAACCUCCUCCCUACAGACACAUCAAGGUACUGUCCCUUUAAACCUCCUCCCUACAGACACAUCAAGGUACUGUCCCUUUAAACCUCCAUACAGACACAUCAAGGUACUGCCCCUUUAAACCUCCAUACAGACACAUCAAGGUACUUCCCCUUUAAACCUCCUCCCUACAGACACAUCAAGGUACUGCCCCUUUAAAAAAAAAACCUCCUCCCUACAGACACAUCAAGGUACUGUCCUUUAAAACCUCCUCCCUACAGACACAUCAAGGGUACUGUCCCUUUAAACCUCCAUACAGACACUCAAGGUACUGCCCCUUUAAAACCUCCUACAGACCCAAGGUACUUCCCCUUUAAACCUCCUCCCGCCAGACACAGUCAAGGUACUGCCCCUUUUAACCUCCAUACAGACACAUCAGGGUACUGCCCUUUAAACCGCCUCCAUACAGACACAUCAAGGUACUGGCCCCUUUAACCUCCAUCAGACACAUCAAGGUACUGCCCCUUUAAACCCUCCUCCAUACAGACACAUCAAGGUACUGCCCCUUUAAACCUCCAUACGACACAUCAAGGUACUGUCCCCUUUAAACCUCCUCCAUACAGACACAUCAAGGUACUGCCCCUUUAAAACCUCCAUACAGACACAUCAAGGUAACUGUCCCUUUAAACCUCCUCCCUACAGACACAGCAAGGUACUGUCCCUUUAAACCUCCAUACAGACACAUCAAGGUACUGCCCCUUUAAACCUCCAUACAGACACAUCAAGGUACUUCCCCUUUAAACCUCCUCCCUACAGACACAUCAAGGUACUGCCCCUUUAAACCUCCAUACAGACACAUCAAGGUACUGCCCCUUUAAACCUCCUCCAUACAGACACAUCAAGGUACUGCCCCUUUAAACCUCCAUACAGACACAUCAAGGUACUGCCCCUUUAAACCUCCUCCAUACAGACACAUCAAGGUACUGCCCCUUUAAACCUCCUCCAUACAGACACAUCAAGGUACUGCCCCUUUAAACCUCCAUACAGACACAUCAAGGUACUGUCCCCUUUAAAACCUCCUCCCUACAGACACAUCAAGGUACUGCCCCUUUAAACCUCCAUACAGACACAUCAAGGUACUGUCCCUUUAAACCUCCUCCCUACAGACACAUCAAGGUACUGUCCCUUUAAACCUCCUCCCUACAGACACAUCAAGGUACUGUCCCUUUAAACCUCCAUACAGACACAUCAAGGUACUGCCCCUUUAAACCUCCAUACAGACACAUCAAGGUACUUCCCCUUUAAACCUCCUCCCUACAGACACAUCAAGGUACUGCCCCUUUAAACCUCCAUACAGACACAUCAAGGUACUGCCCCUUUAAACCUCCUCCAUACAGACACAUCAAGGUACUGCCCCUUUAAACCUCCAUACAGACACAUCAAGGUACUGCCCCUUUAAACCUCCAUACAGACACAUCAAGGUACUUCCCCUUUAAACCUCCUCCAUACAGACACAUCAAGGUACUGCCCCUUUAAACCUCCAUACAGACACAUCAAGGUACUGCCCCUUUAAACCUCCUCCAUACAGACACAUCAAGGUACUGCCCCUUUAAACCUCCAUACAGACACAUCAAGGUACUGUCCCUUUAAACCUCCUCCCUACAGACACAUCAAGGUACUGCCCCUUUAAACCUCCAUACAGACACAUCAAGGUACUGUCCCUUUAAACCUCCUCCCUACAGACACAUCAAGGUACUGUCCCUUUAAACCUCCUCCCUACAGACACAUCAAGGUACUGUCCCUUUAAACCUCCAUACAGACACAUCAAGGUACUGCCCCUUUAAACCUCCAUACAGACACAUCAAGGUACUUCCCCUUUAAACCUCCUCCCUACAGACACAUCAAGGUACUGCCCCUUUAAACCUCCAUACAGACACAUCAAGGUACUGCCCCUUUAAACCUCCUCCAUACAGACACAUCAAGGUACUGCCCCUUUAAACCUCCAUACAGACACAUCAAGGUACUGCCCCUUUAAACCUCCUCCAUACAGACACAUCAAGGUACUGCCCCUUUAAACCUCCAUACAGACACAUCAAGGUACUGCCCCUUUAAACCUCCUCCAUACAGACACAUCAAGGUACUGUCCCUUUAAACCUCCUCCCUACAGACACAUCAAGGUACUGCCCCUUUAAACCUCCUCCCUACAGACACAUCAAGGUACUGUCCCUUUAAACCUCCUCCCUGCAGACUAUGCCUUGCAUCCCCUGUCUGUCCCUCUCUUUGGUCCCUGUUUGAUUUUUCCUGCUACAGCUUCUCUCAUGUUUGACAAUUGAAUAGUACCUGAGCAUUUUCACUCAAAUCUCCCUUUGAGAUCUAUGCAUAAUUCACGCAGAAGUCUGAAUUGCAUCCGCUUAUCUCAAGUGCUUAUUCUUCCCCUCAGGUGAACCGACCAAUCGGCAAGGUCCAGAUCAUCACGGCGGACCUAUCGGAGGUGCCACGCUGUAACUGCAAGGCGUCUGAUGAGAACCCGUGUGGCAUCGACUCAGAGUGUAUCAACCGCAUGCUGAUGUACGAGUGCCAUCCCCAGGUGUGUCUGGCAGGGGAGAGGUGCCAGAACCAGAGUUACACCAAGAGACAGUACACCCAGGUGGAGAUCUUCAGGACCUUGUCACGAGGCUGGGGGCUACGUGGCGUCUCCGACAUCAAGAAGGUAAAGCCUAGGGCAUCAAACGACAACACAAACACUUCCCUUUCUGUUUCUGUUUAGAGAACCAUUCCGCCUUGUCCCGCUGUGGAUCUGCACUGCUGCCUACAUAAUUGCCCCUUGUGGGAUAAAUAAAGUAUUUUCAAUUGAAUUGAAUUCCACGGCCCUUUUCACCCGAUGUAUUCUUUGUUUGUUUCUGUUUUUAGAUGUGGACAUACAGUAGUAUAUUUAGCCUCCAUAACACUGUGUCUGUGGUGUAAAAGGGGUUGUGUUUCUGCUGGACUAUAACCUGAGUCUGUGCUCUCCCCCCUCUCUCAGGGUGCGUUUGUGAAUGAGUACGUGGGGGAGGUGAUAGACGAGGAGGAGUGCAGAGCCAGGAUCAGACAUACUCAAGAGAACGACAUCUGUAACUUCUACAUGCUCACUCUCGACAAGGACCGGAUCAUAGACGCUGGACCCAAGGGGAACCAGGCGAGGUUCAUGAAUCACUGCUGCCAGCCCAACUGUGAGACCCAGAAGUGGACGGUAAAUGGAGACACCAGGGUGGGGCUCUUCGCCCUGGAGGACAUCCCCAAAGGUCAGAGGAAGUAUCAACAAACCUGCUGGAGCCUGGUUCCAUUUCUGUAACUAACUCCUGGAGCCUGGUUCCAUUUCUGUAACUAACUCCUGGAGCCUGGUUCCAUUUCUGUAACUAACUCCUGGAGCCUGGUACCAUUCAUGUAACUAACUCCUGGAGCCUGGUACCAUUUCUGUAACUAACUCCUGGAGCCUGGUUCCAUUUCUCUAACUAACUCCUGGAGCCUGGUUCUAUUUCUGUAACUAACUCCUGGAGCCUGGUCCCAUUUCUGUAUCUAACUCCUGGAGCCUGGUACCAUUUCUGUAACUAACUCCUGGAGCCUGGUUCCAUUUCUGUAACUAACCCCUGGAGUCUGGUACCAUUUCUGUAACUAACUCCUGGAGUCUGGUACCAUUUCUGUAACUAACUGCUGGAGCCUGGUUCCAUUUCUGUAACUAACUCCUGGAGCCUGGUUCCAUUUCUAUAACUAACUCCUGGAGUCUGGUACCAUUUCUGUAACUAACUCCACUUCAGGCACUAGGGCUAGUGACCAAAAGUGUCUUUGUAGAUUCAGAAGGUACAGUGAGGGGAAAAAAGUAUUUGAUCCCCUGCUGAUUUUGUACGUUUGCCCACUGACAAAGACAUGAUCAGUCUAUAAUUUUAAUGGUAGGUAGGUUUAUUUGAACAGUGAGAGACAGAAUAACAAUAACAAAAUCCAGAAAAAUGCAUGUCAAAAAUGUUAUAAAUUGAUUUGCAUUUUAAUGAGGGAAAUAAUUAUUUGACCCCUCUGCAAAACAUUACUUACAUACUUGGUGGCAAAACCCUUGUUGGCAAUCAGAGGUCAGAUGUUUCUUGUAGUUGGCCACCAGGUUUGCACACAUCUCAGGAGGGAUUUUGUUCCACUCCUCUUUGCAGAUCUUCUCCAAGUCAUUAAGGUUUUGAGGCUGACGUUUGGCAACUCGAACCUUCAGCUCCCUCCACAGAUUUUCUAUGGGAUUAAGGUCUGGAGACUGGCUAGGCCACUCCAGGACCUUAAUGUGCUUCUUCUUGAGCCACUCCUUUGUUGCCUUGGCCGUGUGUUUUGGGUCAUUGUCAUGCUGGAAUACCCAUCCACGACCCAUUUUCAAUGCCCUGGCUGAGGGAAGGAGGUUCUCACCCAAGAUUUGACGGUGCAUGGCCCCGUCCAUCGUCCCUUUGAUGCGGUGAAGUUGUCCUGUCCUCUUAGCAGAAAAACACCCCCAAAGCAUAAUGUUUCCACCUCCAUGUUUGACGGUGGGGGUGGUGUUCUUGAGUUGAUGCCAAAGAGCUCGAUUUUGGUCUCAUCUGACCACAACACUUUCACCCAGUUCUCCUCUGAAUCAUUCAGAUGUUCAUUGGCAAACUUCAGACGGCCCUGUAUAUGUGCUUUCUUGAGCAGGGGGACCUUGCGAGCGCUGCAGGAUUUCAGUCCUUCACGGCGUAGCGUGUUACCAAUUGUUUUCUUGGUGACUAUGGUCCCAGCUGCCUUGAGAUCAUUGACAAGAUCCUCCUGUGUAGUUCUGGGCUGAUUCCUCACCGUUCUCAUGAUUGUUGCAACUCCACGAGGUGAGAUCUUGCAUGGAGCCCCAGGCAGAGGGAGAUUGACAGUUAUUUUGUGUUUCUUCCAUUUGCGAAUAAUCACACCAACUGUUGUCACCUUCUCACCAAGCUGCUUGGCGAUGGUCUUGUAGCCCAUUCCAGCCUUGUGUAGGUCUACAAUCUUGUCCCUGACAUCCUUGGAGAGCUCUUUGGUCUUGGCCAUGGUGGAGAGUUUGGAAUCUGAUUGAUUGCUUCUUUGGACAGGUGUCUUUUUAUACAGGUAACAAACUGAGAUUAGGAGCACUCCCUUUAAGAGUGUGCUCCUAAUCUCAGCUCGUUACCUGUAUAAAAGACACCUGGGAGCCAGAAAUCUUUCUGAUUGAGAGGGGGUCAAAUACUUAUUUCCCUCAUUUAAAAUGCAAAUCAAUUUAUAGCAUUUUUGACAUGCGUUUUUCUGGAUUUUUUUGUUGUUAUUCUGUCUCUCACUGUUCAAAUAAACCUACCAUUCAAAUUAUAGACUGACCAUGUCUUUGUCAGUGGGCAAACGUACAAAAUCAGCAGGUGAUCAAAUACUUUUUCCCCUCACUGUAACUGUGAAGAAACACGACAUAAGAAACAGGACCUUAUUGUUCCUUAAUUAUGGACUAUGAUAUCAAAUCUCUUGGCCUUAUUAGAAUAGGAAUAAAGCUCCCUGUACAGUACCUGACGGUGUAUUUUUAUUUGUGUGCAGGUGUGGAGCUGACCUUCAACUACAACCUGGAGUGUCUCGGUAACGGGAAGACGGUGUGUAAAUGUGGAGCGCCCAACUGCUCCGGGUUCCUGGGGGUCCGACCAAAGGUAACGCUCUGAGACUGACGAAUGUCAACAUACAAAACAUUUGAAUUUAGAUUGUACUUGUCUACUAGACACUCUUAUCUAGAGAAAUGUACAGUAAGUGCUUUUAGUUGUUCACUGUGUGAUGAGGAUGAGUUCUACUAUAAAAAAGUAAAGGUAGACUGGUCACUAUAGCUGUCUGAAGGUAGACUGGUCAAUAUAGCUGUCUGAAGUAAUGACCUGUGUGUGUCUGUCUCCCAGAACCAGCCAUCUAAAGCACGGGAAGGAAAGGAACUGAAGGAGGGCAAGAAGAAGGUUCUGGUGAAGAGGAAGCCUCAACUGGAGGUGACGAAGGAGCGGGAGGACGAGUGUUUCAGCUGUGGGGACGGAGGACAGAUCGUGUCCUGUAAGAAGCCAGGCUGUCCCAAGGUCUACCACGCAGACUGUCUCAACCUGGCCAAGAGACCUGCAGGUGGGUGAAGGGGCGAGAAACCACCUCCCACAUGGAGGCUCUUUGACCCAAAAUGGCUGUUAUAUUAUCUGUGAUUAUGUAUGGGACUUGUCUAAGAGGUUUUAGUCUGUAGAUUUUUUUUGUCCUUAGAAUUCAUCAGCAAGGGAUUUGGACAUGGGGGGGGGGGGGGGGGGGGAGAGUGUAACUUCCCACUGGGCACACCACGUCAUUUCAACGUGGAUAAUUGGGUAAUAUUUGGUUGAGACGUUGAUCAAUGAUAUUACAACCUACUGUAUAUUCACCCACUCAAAAAUACAGCCAAAAGUUAGUUGAAUUUCCAAUGUGUUAUCACUAUGCUUUCAACCAUCUAAAAAUACAAUCAAAUUCCAAUGGAAAAACAAUGUCAGAUUUUUGGUUUAAUUGUCACCCAAAUGUCUAUCAUUAUAGCUUUCAACCAUUUUAAAAGCCCAGAGAAGUUCAAACGUCAGAAAUGUUUAUUUAUACAACAGAUUGUGUUAUCACUGUGCUUCAUCUAAUAGCAGAACCAAAUGACCUGGAUUGCAGUUGAGAUUCCAUUAAAAGUACAUAGUGCAGUGACCAAUGCUGUUUGAGAUUCUGGUGAGAUUAAUAGAGGUAUUGAGAAAAUCUCCACAGAUCUGCGAUGACCUAUGCAUGCUAUCUUAAACAUGCACGCUUUAUAUGAUUAAAUAAGAAGACAGUAUAGAUACAGUAACCUCAAAAUGUGGGCCAUGAAUGUGUUACUCAUUUUAAGGUAGAAUUUUACAUUGUUUUACAUUAGCCUUAAAGAGAUUCUCCGGUACUUUUGUAUACUUUUUUAGCCAGUAGUUUUGAAAGUAGCGCCCACGAUCCGAAAGUGGUCCCCAGAAAUUGCGUACAAUGUCCCAAAUGUGCAGAUAUGUGCACCAUGUCCUUGCUCUCUCGCCAUACCGUGUGUGCGUCUUGCUAUCUGUCACUCCAAUGGCGAGGGGCUGGAGAUAAUUGGCUAAAAAAUCGAAUUGCUACGGGGCUGGCCCAAGUGAGGGCAAAUGUAGGGAAAAGGGCGCCGCACAGCUUCCAGAAGACAGUCGCUUUCAAACUAGGGAUUUCGUGGCUAAUUGAGGUAAGACAGUAAUUUGGCUAAUAGAUUCUGCAUGUAUGAAACACAUUGACACAUCCAGCCCAAAGUGUGAGGUUUAAAAAAUACUUACCGGAGCAUGUCUUUAACUUUAGCCUAUACUGUAUUACAAAAGUAGGCCUAAUAUUGAAUUGUUUGGUUGUCAACGCAACCAAAUAUCAACAUUUUGAAGGAGAUUUAUCUUCUACUUGGAUAGUUCCAUCUGUGCCACUGACUUAGUCUGGCUUAAUUCUUUAAUUUUGAUUGUUAAUUUGUAGACAAACUGGAAUUAAAGCCAGACUAAGUCAGUGGUACAGAUGGAACUAUCUAAGUAGAAGAUACAGUGCAUUCAGAAAUUAUUCAGACCCCUUGGCUUUUUCCACGUUACGUUACAGUCCUUAUUCUGACUGGAACAAACUGCAAAAAUCUCUGAAGCUGGAGACUCUUAUCUCCCUCACUAACUUUAAGCAUCAGUUGUCAGAGCACCUUACCGAUCACUGCACCUGUACACAGCCCAUCUGAAAUUAGCCCACCCAACUACCUCAUCCCUAUAUUGUUAUUUAUUUAGCUCAUUUGCACCCCAGUAUCUCUAUUUGCACAUCAUCUCUUGCACAUCUAUCAUUCCAGUGUUAAUACUAAUUGUAAUUAUUUUGCACUAUGGCCUAUUUAUUGCCUUACCUCCAUAACUUGCUACAUUUGCACACACUGUAUAUAUAUUUUCUGUUUUGUUUUUGUUUAUUUCAUAUGUAACUCUGUGUUGUUGUUUUUACUGCACUGCUUUGCUUUAUCUUGGCCAGGUCGCAGUUGUAAAUGAGAACUUGUUCUCAACUGGCUUACCUGGUUAAAUAAAGGUGAAAUAAAUAACAAAAUAAAAUUAUCAAAUGGAUUAAAUGAAUAAAAAGUCCUCAUCAAUCUACACACAAUACCCCAGAAUGACAAAGCAAAAACAGGUUUUUAGAACUUUUUGCAAAUUUAUUAAAAACAAAAAACGGAAAUAUCAUAUUUACAUAAGUAUUCAGACCCUUUACUCAGUACUUUGUUGAAGCACCUUUGGCAGCGAUUACAGCCUUGAGUCUUCUUGGGUAUGACGCUACAAGCUUGGCACACCUGUAUUUGGGGAGUUUCUCCCAUUCUUCUCUGAUCCUCUCAGAGGCUGUCAGGUUGGAUGGGGAGCGUCGCUGCACAGCUAUUUUCAGGUCUCUCCAGAGAUUCUCGAUCAGGUUCAAGUCCGGGCUCUGGCUGGGCCACUCAAGGACAUUCAGAGACUUGUCCCGAAGCCACUCCUGCGUUGUCUUGACUGUGUGCUUAGGGUCGUUGUCCUGUUGGAAGGUGAACCUUCACCACAGUCUGAGGUCCUGAGCACUCUGGAGCAGGUUUUCAUCAAGGAUCUCUCUGUACUUUGCUCCGUUCAUCUUUCCCUCGAUCCUGACUAGUCUCCCAGUCCCUGCCGCUGAAAGACAUCCCCACCAUGCUUCACAGUAGGGAUGGUGCCAGGUUUCCUCCAGACGUGACGCUUGGCAUGCAGGCCAAAGAGUUCAGUCUUGGUUUCAUCAGACCAGAGAAUCUUGUUUCUCAUGGUCUGAGAGUCUUUAGGUACCUUUUGGCAAACUCCAAGCGGGCUGUCAUGUGCCCUUUACUGAGGAGUGGCUUCCGUCUGGCCACUCUACCAUAAAGGCCUGAUUGGUGGAGUGCUGCAGAGAUGGUUGUCCUUCUGAAAAGUUCUCCCAUCUCCACCGUGGAACUCUGGAGCUCUGUCAGAGUGACCAUCAGGUUCUUGGUCACUUCCCUGACCAAGGCCCUUCUCCCCGAUUGCUCAGUUUGGCCGUGCGGCCAGCUCUAGGAAGAGUCUUGGUGGUUCCAAACUUCUUCCAUUUAAGAAUGAUGGAGGCCACUGUGUUCUUGGGGACCUUCAAUACUGCAGACAUUUUUUGGUGCCCUUCCCCAGAUCUGUGCAUCGACACAAUCCUGUCUCGGAGCUCUACGGACAAUUCCUUUGACCUCAUGGCUUCGUUUUUGCUCUGACAUGCACUGUCAACUAUGGGACCUUAUAUAGACAGGUGUGUGCCUUUCCAAAUCAUGUCCAAUCAAUUGAAUGUACCACAGGUGAACUCCAAUCAAGUUGUAGAAACAUCUCAAGGAUGAUCAAUGGAAACAGGAAGCACCUGAGCUCAAUUUCAAGUCUCAUAGCGAAGGGUCUGAAUAAUUAUGUAAAUAAGGUAUUUCAUUUAUUUAUUUUAUUAUACAUGUGCAAAAUGUUCUUAACCUGUUUUCGCUUUGUCAUUAUGGGGUAUUGUGUGUAGAUUGAUGAAGAACAUGUUUUAUUUUAUCAAUUUUAGAAUAAGGCUAUAACGUAACAAAGUGGAAAAAGUCAAGGGGUCUGAAUACUUUCCGAAUGCACUGUGCAUCUCCUUCAAAUGUUGAUAUUUGGUUGCGUUGACAACCAAACACAAUUCAAUAUCACUAAAUAUGAAAUCAACCAGAGCUUGAAACCCUUGGCCAGGAAUGCCCAACCCUGUCUCUGGAGACCUACAGGCCUGUAGGUUUUUGCUCCAACCCUAAUCUAGCACACCUGAUUCUAAUAAUUAGUAGGUGGAUAAGAUGAAUCAGGUUAGUAACACCUGGGGUUGGAGCGAAAGCCUACAGCAGGGUAACUCCUCAGGAACAGGGUUGGGCCCUAGACCCAUUGUAUUGUCUAUUGUUAGUUUAAUCCUGGGUUGAAUUGAAACAACAUCUGUUGACGACUUUGCAAAUGCUGUAUAGGCCGAAAUAUCAUCGUUGAUGAUAUAUGAGUGAUAAAAUAAGGUCACAUUUAAUUUGCUCUGUUAAACCUACCCUUUGGAAUGACUUCGAUAGCAACAGUGAAUCUAUUUCGUUUUUAAGUGGAGAUCUUUCAAAAAUAAUUCUCACGAUAGCAAAUUGGUAAUAGUCAGUGACAAUUAUCAUAGCUAAGCUGGGCUUGGUUAAAUCCCUGGAUGGGAGACCAAAGGGUACAUUUACAUUUACAUUUUAGUCAUUUAGCAGACGCUCUUAUCCAGAGCGACUUACAUGAGCAAUUAGGGCAAAGUGCCUUGCUCAAGGGCACAUCGACAGAUGUUUCACCUAGUCGGCUCGGGGAUUAGAACCAGCGACCUUUCGGUUACUGGCACAAUGCUCUUAACCACUAAGCUAGCUGUAGAUAAAUCAAUUCUCCAGUAGGAGGUGCUGCCCAGCCUAUAGUAUUUUUCUUCUGAUAGUUGAUAUAACAUUGAAGAGCUGACGUUGUUUUAAAGGUACAAAUUCAACAUAAUUUAUACAAGGUUUGUCUAUGUUGACAUAAUCCUGUGGUUGAAAUUUAGGUGAUAACUUUUUUUUCAAAUCCAAUGUAUUUUCUACGUAGAUUCCACGUCACAAUACGCAAAUAAAUUACGCUGAAACAAUGUUGAUUCAACCAGAUUGUGCCCAGUGGGUUAGAUUGAUUUAGUACAUCGGAGAAGGAAAGAAAUCAUAGUGGUGGUUUUUGCUUUUGUUCAAACCUCAAAGCUGGAGUUUCCUGAAGGACUGUAAGGAUCUGUACUACAGGAAUGUGUCUGGUGCUCUCUGUUGUAGCAGUGAUUCUGUGUCUGUAUUCUAAGGCCGUUGGGAGUGCCCCUGGCACCAGUGUGACAUCUGCGAUCACGAGGCAGCCUCCUUCUGUGAGAUGUGUCCCAGCUCCUUCUGCAAGCAGCACCGUGAGGGCUUGCUCUUCAUCUCUAAGAUAGACGGGCGGCUCGCCUGCAACGAUCACGACCCCUGUGGACCCGAGCCCCUGGAACCAGGGGAGAUCAGGGAGUACGUACCUCCUGGGGGCAUGCCUCUCCCCCACCUCCUCACACACCCUCUGGGUCUGGUCCCACCUAGGCCUAGUUCCACCACUGCUGGUUCUAUCCCCUCCAUGGUUGCCCCAGGCCUGGCCCAGGACUCGCUAUUGCCCCCUACAGGGAGCCUGUUCCUCAAUACCUCCCAGACCUCCAACACCUCCUCGUAUGGACCACCUAGCAGUCCCUACAUGUCUGAUAGUGAAAUACUGCACUUCUCCCCUCCUUCUCCCCCCUCCUCUUACAAGGAGGAGAAAGAGGAGGAGGAUGGAGAGCUGGAAGACGGACAGGUGUGUGGGUUAGAAGAGGAAGAGGAAGGAGAGGCGAUGGAGGUAUUUGAGGAGGAAGAGGAGGAGGAAGAGGAGCAGUAUGAGGGCAGAGAGGAGGAGAAAGGGGGAGAUGUGUAUGACACCUGGGGGGACUACAUGGAUGAGGAGCCAGACGAUGAGAGAGAGGAGUGGUGGGGGAGGGUGGAGGACGAAGAGAAAUGAACUCUGUUCACACCCCCCCCCCCCCCCCCCUUGUGUCUUCCAUUCCUUCCAUCUAUCCAUCUCUACCAAAAUACUUGUUCUCUAGCUCUCAUCUCUCUAGAGUGACAUUCAGAUGGACAGACAAUGAAAGAGAGAGAGAGAAGAAAAGAGAUUGUCCUGGUGGUACCAAGCGAAAUACGAAGCUGCCUUUGUGUUCGUACUGCAUUGCCUUCCUAUCCCCAGCACAGCAUAGCACAGCGUGUGGACUGGACUGGACUAACGUUGCAUAA